ACUUCCUGAACUCCUCCCCCUCAUACAUGGCGUACAGCUAGUGGCUCUGUGUGUGUAGCACAUCAGAUUUAUGCUUUUUAUUUAACUUAUCUACAAUAAAUUCUCAAAAAAUAUCUGCUAUGGCUUCUCGAGCAGGUCCCAGAGCAACAGGAACAGAUGGUAGUGAUUUUCAACAUCGGGAGCGGGUCGCCUCUCACUACCAGAUGAGUGUUGCGCUAAAGUCUGAAAUCCGGAAGCUCAACAUUGUCCAUUUGCUCAUCUGGGUGCUGAUGGCAGCUCAGGUGACCGUGAGCCAGCUGAGCCUGGUGUCCCACAAAGUGGUGGCCUCUCCAUACCAGUGGGAGUACCCUUACCUCCUGAGCAUAAUUCCCACAGUCUUCAGCUUUUUGGCAUUGCCUCGUAACAACAUCAGCUACUUGGUCAUCUCCAUGAUCAGCGCAGGUCUCUUCUGUGUAGCACCGCUGAUCUACGGGGGCAUGGAGAUGUUUCCUGUGGCACAGCAGUUGUAUCGACACGGCAAAGCCUAUCGCUUUAUCUUUGGCUUCUCUGCCGUGUCUGUCAUGUAUCUGGUGAUUGUCAUUGCUGUGCAGGUGCAUGGCUGGCAGAUAUACUACAGCAAGAAGCUGCUAGACCAGUGGUUUACCAGUACCCAGGAAAAGAAGAAGAAAUGAGCCUAGAUUUGCCACUUAUAUGUUUUCUAUGCCAUGUUGAGACGCAUACAUCCGCUUUUUAGAUCUUGAGGGGAGGAAUCAAAAGCACAUGAAGAAAACCUGGUGCUGAUAUUGAAUUAAUAUCAGCUGUAAAAUGAAACCAAAUUUUUAAAAAACGUAAGACACUCAGAAAAAUUCUUUAUUUGAAACUUUCACUACCUGAAGAUGUACUUAAAGUGUUUGAUUUGCAGAGAAAACACUGAACUUCACAAUCCAUUGAGGAUUUGAUCCUGCUUCUGUAUUUAUCCCAAUGAGAUGUAUCUAAGUUCUGUUCAGUGUUGUACUUGUAUGUACUUGUUCACUGUUGAGACAAACAUUUUUAAAAAUCACAAAUGCCUAUGAUUUGAUCAUUUUGUUAGAAUGGUUGCUUUUGUCUGUAUUUGUUUUAAAAUAAAUAAAAUAAUAAAUCAUGAGAAAUGUAA